AGCCUCUGAGACACAAAAUAACUGGCUAAGGAUUACGUCUUAGUUCUGCAGAAUUAUUGAUGGUCUAUUAAUUAUUCCGAUACUAUCGAGAUUUCCAGGUAAUACAGCAUAAUAAUCCUAUCAUUUAUCUCUCCAAUACUCCUUGUAGAUUAAAAUGUCUCUCCUCCUCGAAGAAGUAGAAGAUACGAAGGACUUCGACAAGAUCCUCCCUGUCCCCCAUGCUGCCUUCGGCGAGCCCUAUAACUCUUUGCGUAGAUGGCUUAUCCCAGUCUACACCACAGUCGAAGCAGCAAUCGAAGAUGCCAAAGCACGGCACAUCAAGUCCUGGAAACAACACGACGGCAUCUACCCAUCUGAUGAGUCACAGAAACCAACUGAUGCACAUUGGCACAUUGAGGGCACCGAAGAGAAGGCUUUUGCUGGAAAGCAAAGCUCGUUACAAACUUGA